UGGGGUGGGGGGGAACGCACGAACUUGUACACAAGUAUUGGCAGCUUGACUGUAGACAAUCUCAGACUGUGAUUUGCAAGCGUCCGUGCAAAGCGUGAUGGAAACAGCAGCUUCUGAAGCGAGUUCCUUUUAUCGAGCUGCUGGAGACGGUCACCAUCAUCACGACCACCUGCAAGGGAUUGAUGCCAUUUUCUUCGACCUGGAUAAUACACUCGUCCAAACCAGAGCCGUCGACGAAAGAGCCUGCAAUGAGGCUGACGAGUGUGACCAGCACUCCCUCAAGCUUUUGUAUGAUGCCAUUGGAUUUGAUUUCCUUAAUCGUCUUCUCAAGUCCACUGAAGUUCCACAAGACUGCCCACCAUUCAUCUACAAAUCGAUAGCACUCUCCAUAGUGAGUUGCUUCUGCAGUGUACCAGAGAUUGUCGAAUCUGAUUCCAUUUUGGGUAUCAUACCUGUUCUCCUGGAUAUCGUCAGCACAUCUGACACAGAUGACAUGGAGGACAACUUGAUGCUGGUCUCCGAUUGCUACACCUGCCUUCAGGCCAUUGCCUUUUUUGAGUCUGGAAGGAAGGCUUUGUUAACGAAAGGCUGCUUGCUGAAGCUGACAGAGGUUUAUGUGGAAGAAAUGUUUCGACAUGAUCAAGCUCUGCAAUUGCUGGUCUACAUCACAUCAAAGGAAGGCAAACAACUCUGGGCUGGCCACGAAGAACCCUUCAAGCAACUCUUGAACAGACUUGCUAAUGAAUUCAACGAAGAUACUACGGAAAAGAAAUUUGAGCUAUGCAAAAUGCUUGCCGUCUUCCUUGCCAACAGUCCUCGAUUGCCAGUCGUCGAAUUGCAAAAAGAAGACUGGCCUCAACACACACUCCUAACACUUGAAGGCAUCCUGUGCAGCCGUAUUGGGACAUCGCAACGUGAUAGCGCCCUGCAACUCAUUUCCCGUCUCUUGGAACUCAUGGGCAUUGGGUGGGGUUUGAAGUUUGGACCGAAUCCUCGUCAAUUUUUGUUGCUGCUAGUCAAUUUGGCAUGUGUUGAAGUUCGCAUGAAACUCGAAGAUAGGACGCUAGAGCAAGCGAUAGAAUCGGCCGAUAUUUUAGUUGCUUGUUAUUCGGUCGUCGAGCUGUUCAUCACUUUCAUGACGUCACAAGGCUUUCUUGAUUUCGAUGCCAAACAGAGAGAGCAAGCAUAUUGCGCCCUCAAAGGAGCAGUUGGGUCCAUUUUGGCUAUGCUGCACCGAACGGACGAAGAGUGCUCGCACGAAUGGACUCGUCCCGUCAACGACCGCCGAACUGAGUUUGUCUGCGCCUCCAUUCGUAUCCUUGGCUCUUGGCUUGCCGAAGAAACUUCCAGCAUGAAAGAAGAGGUCUGUGCCGUCCUACCAUUCAUCAUCACCGUUUGCUCCAGGAUGUACGAAGAGCGUAAGUUGGGCUCCAUCAGCGACAUGCCUGAUCCAUUGCGCUUUAUGCUUCCAGCCUUCUGUCAUCUCGCAGCUGAGGAUGCCCCUCGAAAAAUCAUGCUAUGCCAAAAAUUGCCGCAACUCCUCUAUGACUAUCUGCUCUAUCAAUGGGGUAUCUUCUCGAAAUGGCUGGCCCUCCAGCCCACCGUCGCCGCCGAUUGGUUACACGUUCACACGACGCCAGAAGAAGAUGACGUAGCCGAAGCCAACCGACCCGAGUCUGAAUCAGCAAUUAUUCUCGUCUGCGGUGUCUUUAUGAACCUUGCCGUGUUGGAACCGGAGCUCGUCGCCACCGACGUUGUCUUCGCCCAGCUCCUCAAAUUCUGCAUCACCAACCUCCCACCGUUAGUCCAUCGGCAGGAUUUUAUCGUUUUGUUGGGUAAUGUCGCCGUCUUGGGUCUCCUCCUCCUUCGUCACCACACCUGGAAAUACGCACAAGGAGACAGCGCAGCUUUCCGGUACAUCCAGGGCACCGUGUCGUUCCUGUGGGAUGCGCACAACAGCGAGGAGUCGUGUGACUCGUUGAGCCUCGUCAUUUCAUUGCGCUACAAAAGGGACUGGCCCGACCUGGCCGAACUCUGGUUUCUCGGCAUGCAAGGCCUUAGCAACGUCAUGGGCAAAUUGGACUGGAUCGUCGAAUUCAUUGUCGAUUCCGGCUGGCCCCAUGAGAUGAUGAAGUCAUUGUCCCGCAUCGUUGCUGGCGCGAUUGAUGCCAACACACGUACCGCGUACGAAGAUUUUCUCUGCUGCCUGUUACGUGCCCAGCCCGCCAAAGUCAAAGCCGUCAUAUUGGAAAACCGUGGUCGUCACACAUGUCAAGAGGUUUAUGAAGUUUGGAAGAAACUGCGCUACACUUACAUGACGCUGGAUGGACCGGCUGCAAACCUUUUGUCGGCGCUUCGCAAGCAUAACUACACUAUCGGUCUGAUUACCAAUGGACCCUCACGAUCUCAGUGGGAAAAAAUCGUUCAAAUUGGAGCUGAAGACUAUUUUGAUUUGAUACUACUGGCCAGAAAAAAUGAAUUCUACCCACCUAUAGACCCACCAGAAGACCCAGAUUGGAAAAAAGAUUUAGUUGUUUCUAAGUUCACUAAAGUGUGUAUGGUGUGUGGUUGCUUGGGAACAAAACUGUGCGGAGGUUGUAGGGGGGUUAAUUACUGCACCAAAGAUCACCAAGUGUUACACUGGAAGAAUGGGCAUAAAAUGCUAUGCAAAGAAUCUGUUCGUGUUGAAGGAGAAGAUUCAAUGUUUACACUACCGGAAUAUGAAAUUAUCAUUGAAGAUGAAAAAAUUGAGCCCCAAACUGGUAAACUUUCGACAUCAGAUGAAGCAGAGCUUAAAGAGUUUGAGAAAAUUCUUAAAGCUAAAAAUCCUACUUUUCAAAAUGAUGAAUCUAUUAACGAGUCGCUAGAAGAAUCAGUUACAGAUGUUAAAGAGGACAAAAUGUUUUUGAAAUUUAAAGAGAAAAUUGACAGCUAUCCUGAUCAAGUUCUACGGUACGGUAAAAAUGAAACUCCUCUAUAUGUAUCAGACUCGAAUAUUCCGUCGUCUAUUCCUGAUUGUGAGCACUGUGGGUCUAAAAGAAGGUUUGAAUUUCAGAUCAUGCCUCAAAUGCUCAAUUAUCUGCGACUGGAUAACAUUUCUGAAGAAGGAGUCGACUGGGGGACUUUGCUUAUUUAUAGCAACCACAUUGUUGAUAUCAAAACUUCGGUAUUGAACGUUAAUAGAAGACCCACUUUGGUCACUAUGGAUUAUAUUAUGAACAUUCCAUCUAUGGGAAUUGAACAUGAGUCGUUUCGCUUGUCAUACUAUCCGCAUCGUUUAGAUGAAUUCAAGGGACUACUCAAAGAAGCCUUUGGAGACUCCUGCAAACACACUGUUUUUGGUGAUUUUAAACAAUUGGAAGAAAUCUCUGAUCCUGCCUUCUACAUUCAUUUAGUAGAAAAGCUGACUGAGUAAAGUAUAAACAAAAAAAUGAUUUGCAAAAAGGAGGGGAAGAAAUCUGCAUUUUUUUUUCUUAUGAAAAAUUCUUUUAAUUCUUAUGUUUUGUGCAUUUAUAUUUCAAUAAUUUUUUGGAAGGUUAAAAAAAAAAUACAACUAGUUUUGCGGAUUAAACGCCAA